GCGAUGGAGCCGCUGGCCGAGGAGCCGGCCCCGACGACGAGGAGCACCGCCAGCACGGCCGCCGGCAGGGAGGAGCUGGAGAGGAUGGUCGUGGCCAUGGGGGCGGAGGAUCUCAGCCCGGAGAUGAGAGAGCACCUAGUGCGGCAGCUGGAGCGCCGCCUGUUACUUGAGACUGAGCUGCACAAGGAGCGAACCAAGCUGCAGUUGAUGCAGAAGGAGGUGGCGGAAAUGGAGAGAGACCUGCAGAGACGCACCGCUCAGGCGCGACCGCGCGCCCCGCCCGCCCUCCCAGUGAUGGAGAAAGUUCAGAGACUGCGAACAGAAAUCCAAACCCUUCAAGAGGAGUGCACUCGCAUGGCAAAUGAAGUUGACGCUAAAACACCGCAAAAUCAUACCGAAGAAGGAAUCAAUGAACGUGGCUGGACCUGUCAAACUUGUACAUUCCAUAAUCACUAUCUUCUGGAGGCUUGCGAGACAUGUGAUGUGCCUCGCAUGCGCCUAGGACAAGCCGCAACACAAGAUAUCCAUAUACGAGUUACACAUCACAACUUCACUAGACGAUCACUUCAUGGCUGGGUGGACUGAUUGCUCAUGGCUGGUAAUUGACAAUUGAAACUCCAGACUCAGAAAAUGUGAACAUAACGAAUGAAAAUUUAACUGUACCAAUCUUGUGGUCACUUUUGCAGACUUCUAAGAAGAUUUCAAUCAACCCGUUUUUUGUUGUUUUUUUUUUUUAAGUUUUUUUAACUCAUUUAGAAGAAUGUGUACAAUUUAAGGGCUGAUAUCUGAUAAUACUAAAAUCACUGUACGAAGUUAUUGAAGGGAUAAGAAACAAUAAGGGAAUGAGAACAGUAUUUUCAAUGUGAUUAUGUCAUGUUUUGCCCCCUCUUCUCAUUGGGGUAGAUGUGAAUCGUGUGAACCAAAUGAGGUAUAAAAACACGGACAGAUGAACCUGCCUUUAACUUAAGCCAAAUUGUGGUCCAAAUAGCACGUUGGCAUGCCCUCUAUGAUCUCUUCUUUUGCCAGAUCUCAGAGGGAAGCUAGCGAUGGGCUGUGCUUUUUACUUUUUCCCCUACGGAGCGGACACCGAUGCGGAGACUAUUAUAGUCCAUUCUCCAUGGCAAAUGACCAAAAUUAGGUUUAUGUUACAGGCAGGUUCGACAGGGCCCUGGCUUCUGGUUAUGUGCGUGAGGAGACCAGAUUUAACUAGUAGAGGAUUGAGUAAUCCAUUCAUUAGUUUUGAAGAAAAAUACUGCAAGUUUUCUGUAUUAAAUUUUUUUUAUACCCCUGGGAUAGAGGAAAUGCUCAACCUAAACAAACUUUGUACCUUCAUGUGCUCAAUUAUGAUAAUGCAGAAGGUGCAAGCUCAUGGGCUUGACUAAGGAUUUGCUCAUAGCAAGUUACCAGGACGAUGCAGUCAAGAGUCAAGUAACAGAACCUGCGGGCAGGUCCUGAUUUAAAUAUCAAUUUAGUUUUAUUAAUUCAUACCACAGUGCUUAAUGACAAUUUUGCACAUUUCCAUUGUCUACUUAUCUUCUUCCCAGAUGUUACUUUGUUAUUUUUCUAAAAUAUUCUAGUAAUUACAAGUAGAAUUAGGCGUUUCUUACAAAAGUUUGUGUGUAUUUGCGUAUGCACAGAUCUUUUCAAAGACUUGGAUCUGAGGCUACAUCCACAUUGUGUCCUGAAAUGUUUACUUUCCAGUGGACUUAAAAAUUAGACUGACAACUGUCUUUGAUUUACCUGAUUGCCGGUUGGGCUGUAAUUUAAUUAAUUUUGAUAGGAUGUCAGGGAAAUUUAUCACUAAAUGAUGUUUGCUGUCAUGGCUGUGUUAUAAUGGCGUUUCUUGCUGAACAAUGUAUGUGCAUGAGGCACAUGUGAUUAAAUGGCAUAGAUUUCCUGUAUGAUUUGUUCUGUUUAAAAUUAUUUCAAGAUUACAAACUGUUUUUGCUAGAAAUUAUCGUUUCUGUUCAACUAAGACCUUGUUAAAAAAAAACUGAUAAAAUGACCUCCAACCUUUAUACUGGAAAAAUGUAGAAACAUGGAAAUAACAAUUGCAAAACCCUAA